AGCAUCGCGCUGUCGGUUAAAAGGUACUAUACUGACAGCCCUAGAACAACAUCUGUAAUAAAACGAUAUUCUGUCUUACAAGUUUUUGCCACCUUGAUGACGUCUGAUGAGCAGAUCCUGUAUUGAUCGUAACAGCUGCUUAACGAACCGGUUUCAAGGUUUACCGGCACAUACUCAUAUUCUACGAAAUUGUUGAUCGAAGAUGGACGUUGAUACUGUGUGGAAGAAAUAUUAAUAAUAUUCAAGAUAUUUUUCAAAAUGAAGUGCCUAGUAUUUAUUUGUGCUGCGUCUCUGGUAGCUUUGGCGACAUGUGCUCCAAGAACAGGCAUUAGAGAAAAGCAGUCAGCGACGCAAGAUGUGACUGACAAGUUUGAACAUGUCCACGCUCCAAGACCAAGACGACAAGCCUUGGAUACCGUUGACAUAGUGUACAUCGAUGCUGCAGCCAUAAAUCCAUCGAAAGUUAAUUUACAAAACAAGGAGACAAUUCAUCUACAACCAGUUAACGAUGUGACCAAUCUCCAAAAUAUGUAUAAGUUCGCAUCAGCAUCCGACUCAAAAUUAGAAUUGGUGUCACAAAAUUCCAAUUUCGAAGUAUAUAAACUGAAGGAUGGAGAUGAGAAAACGCCACAAGCUUCUAACAAUCAGUAUUUCCAAUAUGACAAUGGGCAGAAUUUUGUGGAAGACAGGGAACCACCACCACCACCACCAGACCAUCAUGAUCCACCGCCGCCACCACCCCCAGAUCAUCAUCAUCCACCACCACCGCCACCUCCGCAUCACCAUCAUCAUCCGCCCCCUCCUUAUGGUUAUCCUCCUCCCCCACAUCAUCAUCAUCAUCCACCCCCACCACCCCCUGACGAUUACAGAUCAAAUUACUAUGACCAAUACAAUUCCUAUUAUGACGAUUAUUAUAAUAGACCUCCUCCUCCACACGACGGUAGAAGAAUUUAUGAUGACAGACAGACAAGACAAUCGCCAAAUGACAGACCAUAUCAUCGUGGGCCACCACCGUAUCGCGGUGGACCUCCUGACAGAUUUUAUGGUAGACCACCCCCGCAUCAUGGUGGACCACCAGAUCGUUUUGAUGGCAGACCACCACACCAUGGCGGACCUCCUGAUAGGUUUGAUCGCCGGCCUCCACACCACGGUGGGCCUCCAGAUAGAUUUGAUAGGAGACCACCCCCACACCAUGGCGGACCGCCACACAAUGAUCCCUGGUCGAACCGUCCACGGCCUCCCCCUCCUAAUAGUGGCGAACAACCCAAUGACAAAGAAAAUGAAAACUACCAAAAUGAUUCUACUACUUCCACUACAACAACUACAACUGUCGCUCCAGAUGACGAUGAUCAAUACCAACUCGAUGUAAGAUUUGCUGAUGAUGAGAAAUUGCCAGCAGAUGAAACGACAAAGAAUGUCAAGAAUCCUAAAAGGGGAGCUGUUACCACACUACCUAUUCUUUCUCGUCUAUUUCAAGCCGCUGCUGUUACUCCAGCCGAUUGAUUCUAUUUUUUACACGUUUCUGUAUUAUUCAAAGUAUUAUUUACACUAAUAUAUACAAUUGUAACUAGUUAACCGAUGAUUGUUAACUCUGAUUCCUAUAAUUGUUAAAGUUUAUAAAAAAUAUAUACUGAUUCAAUGUUA